GUAGAGGCUCCUUUAAAGAAUAACUCUGACCAGUAUAGUAAAAGACAUCGAUGGCGUCGGACUACAGCGAAGUGUCUCCAGUGGUGGAGACAACGCACGGAAAAGUGCAAGGAACUCUGCUUAAAACCAUCUACGAUGAACCCUUCUAUGCGUUCGAUGGAGUACCUUAUGCUGAGCCUCCAUUGGGUAAAUUACGUUUCAAGCAGCCUUUUGACUUGAAACCUUGGCUUGGUGUACGUGAUUGUACUAAGCCACUGGACAAAUGUCUGCAGGUUCACACCCAGACAAAAAAUAUAGAAGGCAGCGAAGAUUGUUUAUAUUUAUAUAUAUCUGUUAAGACGGUAGGUAAACCUUUGCCAGUUAUGGUGUAUGUGCAUGGAGGAAUGUUUAAGACUGGCGAUCCCACGCGGCGAGCCUGGGCCCCGGACUACUUUAUGCGUGAAGAUGUUGUCCAUAUAAGCAUAGGUUAUCGUCUGGGUGUAAUAGGAUUUCUCAGCUUUAAGGAUCCUUCGGUAGAAGUGCCUGGUAAUGCUGGCCUCAAGGAUAUAGUGCAUGCUCUUAAAUGGAUCAAAGCCAAUGCCCACAAUUUCAAUGGUAAUCCCGAACAAAUAACGUUUUUUGGUCAUAGUUCUGGCAGUUGUUUGGUCCAAAUGCUACUAGCGAGUCCACAAGCUGAAGGACUUUUUAACAAAGCUAUUCUCAUGGGUGGUUUUGGUACGGAAACAAAUCGUUUGCCGAACAUGGAAUACCGCAUGGCCAAACACUUGGGCUAUAAAGGUGCGAAUUCAGAUGCCGAUGUGUUUGAUUUCAUAUGCAAAGCAGAUCCCAAGCUAUUGGUAACUGCCAAAUUCUUUACACCGGAAGAGAAAAUUAAAUCUGAUUUUGCGUUUAUGCCAUUUCUCCCAAGUGUGGAAACGUAUGCCACCCCAACAAGCAUACUUUUUUCCGAACCCAUUGAACUACAACGAAAUGCUUGGGGCAAUCAUAUACCAAUUAUUAUUGGGAUUACCAGUGGUGAAGGCAUAACUUUUGCCCGUUCGGAUACAUCGGAAUAUGCAAAGAAUAAUCCAGAAAUGUAUUUGCCACAAACUCUUAAUCUUCGUUGCGAUCCUGGUCAGUGCAUUGAGUUGGGAACGUCCCUGUUACAGUUCUUCAGUAAGAAUAAUGAGCCCGAUUUAGCAGAAAUUUAUAACCACAACAUGGCCCAUGCUCAACAGCGCGUUAUAAGAGCCCGUUUGGCCUACUCCAAAGCUAAAACUUAUGUUUAUCGGUUUGAUUUUGAUUCACCUGAUUUUAAUUUCUAUCGCAUACGUAGUUUCGGCCUUGGCACACAUGGAGCUAGUCAUGCCGAUCAGUUAGGCUACAUUUAUGUCUUGCCAAUCUACACCUUUAAAUUGGAGAAGUCGCGAAGAGAAUUUGGCAUUAUUUGUGAGAUGGUUUCCAUGUUCACCGAGUUUGCCAAGACAUCUGAUCCGAAUUCGAAUCUCACCAAACCCCUGGUAGAUUGGAAGCCUGUUACAGCAUCUGGACCAUACAUGGUUUUAAACAUUGCCGAAGAAUUGAAGUUCAUACAACAGCCAGAGCUUAAUACUUGUGAAAUUACUCUUCCUUUGGGCAAGAUCAAGGGCAUAAAACUUAAGACUAUUUACAACGAUGAUUACUAUAGUUUUGAGAAACUGCCUUUUGCCAAACCGCCGAUCGGUGAACUCCGCUUCAAGUCUCCUCAGCCGGCACGACCAUGGAAUGGUACGCUUGACUGCACCCAUUUCGACCGAAAACCAGUACAAAGAGUCUUAAAAACUAAUUUCGCUGAAGGCGUCGAGGACUGUUUGUAUUUGAAUGUGUAUAGCAAAAAGCUAAUAUCGGAUAAACCUUUACCGGUUAUGGUUCAUAUUUUUGGUGGAGCCUUUAGCGUUGGUGGAGCCACACGAGAGACCUGCGGUCCGGACUACUUUAUGGCUAAAGAUGUUGUUUUAGUGACAUUCAAUUAUCGUCUCAAUUGUUUGGGUUUUCUUUCGCUUAAAGAUCCAAGCCUGAAUGUUCCGGGCAAUGCAGGACUCAAGGAUCAAGUGCUGGCCCUUAAAUGGGUAAAACAGUACAUUUCCCACUUCAAUGGCGAUGAAAAUAAUAUAACAGUCUUUGGCCAAAGUGCAGGUGGUUGCUGCACCCACUAUAUGAUGUGUACGGAAAAAACGCGGGGACUAUUCAACAAGGCCAUACUUAUGUCAGGAACCAUUUACAAUUACUGGUCUAAUAACCCACCCGCCGAUUUUGCAUAUCGUCUGGCUAAACAUCAUGGUUACAAGGGCGAUAAUAAUGAUGCCAAAAUACUUAAGUAUUUGCAGGCAGUUCCUGCUUUGCAAUUGGUUAAUUAUAAUCUGGUGACGUCGGAGGAUCGUCGAAAUGGGUUCGUUUACGCCUUUGGCCCCACCGUGGAGCCAUAUGUGACAGAGGACUGUGUCGUGCCGAAGCUGCAGCUGGAAAUGGCACGUGAGGCCUGGUCGAAUGAUAUUCCUGCCAUGCUUGGUGGCACCUCAUUCGAAGGUCUUAAUAUGUAUUCUACAUUUGCGGCAAAGUCGAAGCCAUUGAAUAACCAGGUACUGGAUCCUCCGAGAGUUUUACCUUACGAUGUCAGGGUAAACAACACAGAGGAAAAGAGUUGGCAUUACAGCAAAAAGAUAGCUGAAUUGCACUUUGGUAAAAUUAAGACUAGUUCGGAGUUCUUGUUCAACUUUCUUGAUUACCAAUCCUACAAGGCAUUUUGGCAUGGCAUUGAUCGUGCACUUCACUCACGUUUGACAUAUGCUAAAGCUGCCACCUACUUGUAUCGCUUUGACUUCGAUUCUCCCGAUUUCAAUUUCUAUCGUAAAAAGUUUUGUGGCAAUGUUGUUACCAAAGGUGUUUGUCAUGGUGAUGACUUAUCGUAUCUAUUCCUAAACAGUAACUCUUGGAAGUUGGAUAAAUCCUCCCCAGAAUAUCGCACUAUUCAACGCAUGAUCGGUAUCUGGUCUUCCUUUGCGGCUACAUCCAAUCCAAAUUGUGAAGAAAUCGCCGAUGUUGAGUGGAAACCUUCAACCAAGGAGCAAGCUGAACUAGUACUUAAUAUUAGCAACGAUGUAAAAAUUAUUGAUCUGCCUGAGCACGGAAAGCUGCAGGUGUGGAAUAGUAUGUACAAACCUGAAUCAUUGUAUUAACACAGAAAACUUGUGAUUCUGAAAAAACGUGUAAGGUGUUCCUCCAUCUGGGUACUUGUAUUUAUUGAUUCAAAAAAUUCCUUUUUCGAAGUUAGGAUGGCCUAAUUUUACCGACUUUUCUUAUCAUUGUAUCUCCUUUUCAUGUCAAUCGCCUUAACUGUUUAUAUUAGCUUUUUCAAAAAUUUACGAUU